AUUUUAAUUGACGGUCACCAGCUGUUUCCCCGCGUUGUAAGACGUAAAUCCGACCGCAGAUCAGCUGUGAGUCCAACACGAGCUCUUUGAGGAAGGAGGACCACCAGCACCGGCGACGAACCGCGAGAGUAAAAAUGAAGGACACAUCAGCCUCUGAGUGGCCAUGGUGCUGUCUCACCUCUCCAUGCUCCUCCUCCUCCUCUCCUUCAUCCCCUGCACUUCUGUGUCACAAACCUCCACCCGUGGAGAUGCCCUCCCCCAUGGUCCCCCCCGAGGAGAUGCCCUCCCCCAUGGUCCCCCCCGAGGAGAUGCCCUCCCCCAUGGUCCCCCCCGAGGAGAUGCCCUCCCCCAUGGUCCCCCCCCAACUGCAAGCAGUGGACAAAACUCUACCCGUGAAGUUGCUCUCCCUCACGCCCCACCACCCGUUGUGGCCGCAGCAGCACCGAUCCUGCAGGACCGGCCCUUCGUCGUGGUGUGGAACAUGCCCACGGCACAGUGUCAGAAACGUUACAAGAUCAAGCUGGACCUGAAAGACUUCGACAUCGUGGAGAACAGGCAGCAGCGCUUCCAGGGAGAGAAAAUGACCAUCUUCUACCGCGACCGCCUGGGGAAAUAUCCGUACCUCUCCCGAGACGGCAGGAUGGUGAACGGAGGCAUACCGCAGCUCGGCGACCUCUCGGCUCACCUCUCCCGCACAGUGAUGCAGGUCACCAGCAUGCUGCGGCCGGACUUCAGAGGUUUAGCCGUUAUCGACUGGGAGGAGUGGCGGCCGCUGUGGGGGGGAAACUUUGGAACCAAGAUCGAGUACCGGAGGCUGUCCAAGCUGCUGGUGAGAGAGGAGAGACCGGAUCUGUCGGAGGGGGAAGUGAAAUCGCUGGCGAGGGAGAGGUUUGAGGAGAGCGCUCGGAGGUUCAUGGAGGAGACGCUGCGGACGGUGGUCACACAUCGUCCAAAUGGACUCUGGGGGUUCUAUGGUUUUCCUGCCUGCAUGAAUAAGAAGAUGGGAAAGAAAGGUAAAAACUACACUGGACGCUGCCGCAGGGGGACCAGAAAGCGAAAUGACUGGCUGUGCUGGCUCUGGUGUCAGUCCACCGCUCUCUAUCCCAGCAUCUACCUGCCACGAAGGCUGGCGGGAUCCAAGGACGCAGCGCUGAUGGUCAGGCACAGGGUGCUGGAGGCUUUGAGGGUGGCGUCGGACUGGCGCCAUAACAACGCUACCCACGUUGCCAAACCAGUCCUUCCCUACGCUAGGCUGGCUUUCACACACACCCUCAGCUUUCUUAACAAGACGGACCUGAUGCACACGCUGGGCGAGAGCGCGGCGCUGGGAGCUGCCGGAGUGGUGCUGUGGGGAGAGAUGAAGUUCGCCAAAUCCAAGCAUCAGUGCAUCCUUCUCAGAGACUACAUACGCACUGUCCUGGGUCCAUUCGUGCGGAAGCUGCGGUCCAACACCCGUCGCUGCAGCCACCAGCUUUGCCACGGCAAUGGGCGCUGCACCAGGAGACGCCCCAGCUCGGGUCUCAUGCUCUCCUCAGCUCCAGCCGUGACCUCUGACCACUUCCUGUGCAAGUGCUACCAAGGCUGGAGCGGGAAGGACUGUCAAGUGAAGACGAGCGAAAACAGACCCGAACUGAAGUAAUCCAAACAGAGGACAUUUUAGUAGUGAGGCCUCCACAUUAUUACAAUUAAUAAAUUAACAGCCCCCGUAGUAAUGUAAAGAAAAUAAAUAAAGUGAAUAAUGAAGGUGAA